CGGCCGGGAUACGAUAUCCGAGUGGAUUGUGUCACUGCAUUCGCACCUGUCGUUAUAUUAUACGAUUGCAAGUGAAUCGGUUACCUGAUUUAAUCGAUCAUGUCGAGUCGACUGUCAGCCACCCUCGCGUGGACGCUCAUCCUCUUGACCAUGUCGAUCGACGUUGACGCGUGGCCAUUGACGUUUCGUCGUCGGGACGUCUUCGACAACGUCGUGGACGGUCCUGACGGAUUGAUCGCUCAUCUCCGAAAUUUCGGCAGAUCCCUUUACGGGUUCCCUAACAACGAAACCGGACGGAGGGUGGCGCAGUGGCAUAAGGAUAUGGACGUGAAUCCCGAAGAGUUGGGCGAAUAUGUGGAAGGAGACAUCCUAUUUCCGCCGAUCACCGGAAGAAACGGUCUCGCUGCGGUCUCCGCUCGAUGGCCCAAUGGCAUUAUUCCCUUUGUCAUCAGUCCUUAUUUCAAUGCACAGCAGCAAAAAGCCAUAUACGAUGCAAUGGACGAUUAUCACAAGUACACAUGUAUCAGAUUCAAGCCGUAUACGGGCGAGGAAAACGAUUACAUCAGAAUUACGGCCGGCAACAGCGGAUGCUGGAGCAGCGUGGGCAGGAUUGGUGGCCGUCAGGACGUGAAUCUUCAGGUUCCCGGUUGUCUGACGCAAAAGGGCACCGUGAUACAUGAAUUAAUGCACGCUGUCGGCUUUUUGCACGAACACAGCAGAUAUGAGCGAGAUGACUAUGUGGACAUUCUGUGGCAGAAUAUUUCGCCAGGUCACACGCAUAAUUUCAAUAAGGCCCCGGCGGAGGUUACUAACGCUUUCGGUGUCGGUUACGAUUAUAGCAGCGUGAUGCACUAUUCGUCGACAGCCUUCUCCAAGAAUAAUCAAUUAAAAACCAUCGUGCCCAAAAGUAAUACCAGAGAGAAACUCGGUCAAAGGGAAGGUUUCAGUAAGAAGGACAUUCUGAAGAUCCGGAGAAUGUACAAAUGCGGUAGUAAAAGCGAUGACUUUUAUAAUACUUUUGUCAAAGAUUAUUAGGGCGUCUUUAAUAUAAUAUUUAGAGAGACGCCUAAAAACGUUGCAGUCAUUAACAAAAAAUUUCUAAUUAUAAAUAGUUAAGAAUAUUUGCAUAAAAAGAAAAGAAAAAAAAAAACAUCUAGUCUUACGUAUAAAAUACGCAAUUUCCUAAAAAGAGAGAUAUCGAUAAAUGUAUGUGUGCGUGUAAUCAGUAUUAUUUGUUAAUGUAGUCAUUAGCAUAAAUUAUAAUAUUACGAAUGUAUCCACAUUCUCUUUAAGAGUUACAUAUUAUAUAAUAUCUAUAUGAUUAUC